AUGACGAUACGCACACCUUGCAUUUUUGCUUCUGUUUAUAUUGUAUUUCACGCCAGUGUUCUGUGCAGACACAAAAGUAAUGGCAUGCCCGCCUGGUCUAUCCCUGCACUGCACAAGCGAGAAUGUGAAGUCUUCAAUUACCUGGGCAUAUGGGAGGACCGAUCCAUUUGUAAGGCGGGCAGCGUUGCAUGGCCUACUUCAGAGCUCCAACUCAUCCGUGCUGUUGCCCACACUGUUCAAAACAACCACAAGAUCAGAGUCGUGAGCAUAUAUUCGCACAGCCUCUCAAAGCUCGUCUGUGUUGAGAACGAAGGACUCAUCAUUUCAACCCAAAAUUAUGACUCCGUUAUCCAAGUAAAUAGAAAGGCCAUGACAAUAACCGUCCAAGGAGGAACGCUCAUGAGAGACGUGAUCGAAGUAGCUGCAAAGCAUGGCCUCGCUCUGCCCGCCAUGCCUUACAUCACCGGAGUUUCUGCAGCCGGCGUUAUUUCCACUGGAGCCCACGGCAGCAGCCUCGCUGGGAAAGGCAGUGGAGUUUAUGAGUACGUGGUGGGAAUGAGAAUCGUAGUGCCUGCGUCUCCUUCCCAAGGCUAUGCAAAGAUCAUAACUUUGACAGAAGCAGACGCAGAUCUAUAG